CUUGAGCUAGUUUAUACCCAAAAUAUAAUAUCAAACAACAAAAACUUUUCCUGUUUAGGUUAACAUUUAGACGAAGAUUGUUUAAAUUUUCGUCUUUUUUGUUUGUUUCAAUUAAAUUUAUGUGAAACGGUAUUAGUGUUAGACUAGUGAAUAUUAACAGCUGCAGUAGAUAGUAUUAUUACAGUUAAUUUGUAUAGGAUUUAAGACAAAAAUGAAUUACAAAGCAGCUACUGCAAUUUUAAUGGUGUUCGUCGGAUGCUGUACGAAUGUUGUGUUUAUGGAAUUUCUUGUAAAAGCCGACCCCGGCUGUGGCAACCUAAUAACAUUCUUGCAGUUUCUAUUCAUCGCACUCGAGGGCUUCCUAUUCACCGCCAAAUGUGGAACUGCAAAGCCGAAAAUUGCGUUCAAAAACUACACCACCUUGGUGGCGAUGUUCUUUCUAGUGAGCGUUUGCAACAACUAUGCGUUCGACUUUAAUAUUCCGAUGCCGUUGCACAUGAUAUUCCGAGCGGGUUCACUCAUUGCCAACAUGAUAAUGGGAAUAUUGAUUUUGAAGAAGAAAUACGAAUUUUCGAAAUAUUUGUCGGUGGUGAUGAUAACGGCGGGAAUUGUGACGUGCACAAUAGUCUCUGGUACAGAAGUGAAAAGUACGGCGAAUCCAGAUCUAGUAAAAGAUGGUGACGAGCCCAGUCAGUUUUCCGUAUUAUUUUGGUGGGUCUUAGGUAUCACAUUACUCACAGUCGCACUCUUCGUUUCGGCACGAAUGGGAAUUUAUCAGGAAGUUCUCUACAAGAAACACGGAAAACAUCCCCAAGAAGCUCUCUACUAUACGCAUCUUCUUCCUCUACCCGGAUUCCUGUUACUGUAUCAAAAUAUCUGGCAACACUUGCUCAUCAGCUCGGCUAGCGAACCAAUGGCUUUGCCAUUGAUUGGAUUUUCAUUACCCAGCCAAUGGGUGUGGACCAUUGGCAAUGUGAUCACGCAGUACAUGUGCAUUAGUUCCGUUUAUGUGCUAACAACGGAAUGUUCAUCGUUAGUGGUCACACUGGUGGUGACGCUACGGAAAUUCGUUUCGUUGCUAUUUUCCAUCGUUUAUUUCAGCAAUCCGUUUACGAUCUACCAUUGGAUCGGAACGAUUUUAGUGUUCGUCGGCACUAUUAUAUUUACGGAGGUGAUACCAAGCAUUCAGAGAUCGUUAGCAAAGAAAGACACGAAACAAAAACUAAUCGCCGGAAAGAAGGUCGACUAAAUUAUGUCUCCUUACUUUUCGUUUGUUAGCAAUGGGACGCAGAACCUUUUUUAAUUUUAUUUCUCUGUACAUAGCUCCGCUGUCAGCAUUACCGAAUUGUAUAUUAAAACAUUUUCUUCGCCAAA